CUAUAUAAGAGAAAGAAAGAGCUUUUGUGAAAAAGGCAAUGGCUUUAUCUUCAACCCCUGAUGAAAUCACUGCAUCAAUGGCUCUACUCGGUCUUUCCUCCCAUUCACCAUCAUCAUCGUCAACCUCUUCUCCAAGUACCUUCACUUUCGAAAAAAGGAACCAAGCGACAAACCAGAACAAGAAUUCACCCAAGCUCAAGAAAUGGAGAAAUCGGAUUCGCGAAAGGAACGAGAAACAGAUAGUGGAAAUUGAACAAAGUGUAAAGAAUAAUAAGGAAACUGAAGUGAAGAAAAUGGAGUUUUCUUCUUCUUCUUCUACUUCUGAAAGUUCAAAGAAGGAAUCGGAGAAAGCAGCGGCGAAGAUGAUCGGAGAAAAUAAUCCAGGGUUAAUAUCAAUGGAAGAUAGAUUGAUGGCGGAGCGUCUUUGUAAGCUGAAAUCCAUGGUUAGUGAGGAAUAGAAUUGUGAGGGUGAAUUGGAAAGAGCUUUGGAGAUGUAUGAAUCUAAUAAUGGUGAGUUUCGUGGUAUUGGUGGAGACCAAUUUUCUCAGAGGAAAAUUGAUAAUUGUUUUUGGAGAAGGAGAAGGGAAGAUGAGACUAACUAGGAAUUAUAGCUUGUUUCUGCUAAAACCUUCCUUACAUACAGAGAGCAACUUAUUUACAAAAAUGGGGUAAAGGUAGCAUAUUUAUUUGUUUUAAAUUUUGAGUUUUGAAUAAUCAUGCCAACCAGAGUUUGAAGAAAUAGUCUUGAGUAUUUGUUUUUUGAAUAAUCAUGACUUUUGAAUAAUUGUUUUUGUGAGUAUUUGUUUUAAAAUAAAUUAGAUCAAUCUCUUUGUUUGGUAGGCUUCUGUUUUAGAGAUUUAGGGAGGAAGACUUAUUAUUUUUUUUUGUUAUUUCUGUGUAAUCAUUAUAUGUUCACUAUAUUACUCAGUUAUUAAGUUUGGAGAAAGAGUCUGAAAAUCAUUAUUUUUGUGAGUAUUUGUUUGUUAUUAAGUUUGUGUAACCCCAAAAUAAAACACCACAACAAUUUAAUUUAAAUAUGUGUUUGUAUUUGUUUUAAAAUAAAUAAGAACAAUCUUUGUUUGAUCGGGUUUGGUUUUAGAAAUCUAAGGAAGAAGAAGAUUUAGUAGGGUAGUAUUGCACUACUAAUCUUUAUUAUUUUUCAAUUAUUUCUAUGUAACGAUUAGAUAUGUUUACUAUAUUAUUCAAUUACUUAUAAAAUUCUAAAUUAUAUGCAAUAUUGUGUCAUGAUGUUUGAUCCAUCUACUCUGAAAUUACAUAAAUGAUACAGGUACCAAUCUUUUUACUGUAGUAACUCGAGCAAGGAAGCGAUUCUUUUGGUGCUCAGGUGAACUUGAGAGUAACAUGUUCCUUGGUGUUGCAUUCUAUUUUAAAGCUUAUUAUACCCAAAUGAAAACAGGAAGAUACCAGCAAGACAAUAUAUAUGUAUAUAGAGAAUAGAGACACUAAUAGAGAGUGGAGAAAUGGACCAUUUCUGCAACUUAUUGUAUAUCACAUGAAAAAAAUAAUCCUACUUUUGGAAGGUAAGAACUCAAAGCUUUAAUCUAAACUUGCAAUUACUAGCUUUAAUGCUGAUUAAAUUAUUUGUGGUUAAACUGUCCACCACCAAUAGGCAUCCCCCUGUGACUUUCACCUUCCUCAGCUUCAGCUUCCCAAGUUUAAUUGCUACUGGUGCAUGAACCUUAAGAUCCAAUGGAAUUCGUCCGGUUCUCUGUUGCUCUUGCAAUGCAGUCAUUAAAGUAUUCCCAUACUGGGUUUGGCCUGUCAAGGCUAUAUUGAGCACUGUUUUGUUCUGGUGACCUUGGUAGAAAUUUGGUAGUGACCCUUCACAAAGCUUAGUUUUUGUUGACCAAACACUCAGCUUACCUCCUUUCUUGUAGUAAAUUCCAAUUUUCUUGUUUGGAUUGUUGGCUGUAAUCUUCACAUCGAAUUUGGCGUAGAGUGUCAUGUCGAAAUUGAGUCUUAGAUCACUUAUCUUUAAACUGUUGACUGAAUAAUUGGGGAGUUUUGGCUGGAAAACCUUGUAAAGAAUGCCUGCAGUGGCUGCAAUGAUUAUCAACAAGAGUACUAGGAGGCCUAUUGUCCAACACACACACUUGCAACAACAAUUUCUCUUUUUCGCAGGUAUUGCUUGGAUGGUAGGAAUGGUCUGCGGUAAUGGAGGGUGGUUCCGAACUGGACUCCCUUUUUUCGAGGCCGAAGUACCAUUGGGGACCAAAGGUGCUGUUGGGGGUGCUUCAAUAUCUAUUGCUGGAUGAACUCUCUGAUUUUCUGCCAUCACUAGGUUCUGAUUAUGGUUUGCCUUUGUUCAAGUUUCAUUUGAAAUAAUCUUAUAUAGGUGGAACCUGGAUUUCCUUGCUGAGUUUCUCAUAAAAUGGAUUUAGUGGAAUAUGCUGAGCUGUCCUGUAUAUAAGAUUGUUUCUGGGAUUUAAAGUCCUUACCUUCCUUACCUAAUGAUAAAAUAUUGGUCAACAAUGUGUGGGUAGUUCAGCUAAGUAACAAGUGCUAUUCAUUAUUUUCUGGGUAGCAAGUGAUUUUUCAACAUUUUCUGUAUCUACAUUUGGCAUAUCAUGAUAAUUUAUAUGCUAUGUUAAGUGUUUACAUUUAAGUAUUUGUGAAUAUUAAA